UGCCUAUAAAAACUCGGAAAGCGCCCUUCUCACAUAAAUCACUCUCUGCCCUGACCCAGCUAGCAAGAAAGAAACGCAGCACUUCCAAUCCAUCAUCCAUUACAAUCGCAAAGGAUAUCGGUAUUUUGGCCAGUGGCAGCUUGUUGGACCCAGUGAAUAUGGCUUAUGAAGACUUUCGCACUUCAGCGUUUGAGCAAAGUUACCGUUGUUACCCUGUCUCGUUUAUUGAGAAGCCACAUCUGGAGAAGGGUGAUAAAAUUUUAAUGCCUCCGUCAGCUCUUGACCGCCUCGCAUCUUUGCAGAUCGACUACCCUAUGUUGUUUGAACUUAACAAUCCUACUGUUGGACGAGUUACUCAUUGUGGGGUUUUGGAAUUUGUUGCUGGAGGUCUAAUAUAUUUACCAUACUGGAUGAUGCAGAACAUGCUCCUUCAAGAGGGAGACAUUUGUCAAGUAAAAAACAAAAGCCUAGUAAAGGGAACAUAUGUGAAGUUGCAGCCUCACACUACGGACUUCCUUGAUAUCUCAAACCCCAAAGCCAUUUUGGAAACUACAUUGAGGAGCUACUCGUGUUUAACCACUGGUGAUACUAUCAUGGUUCCUUAUAACAAUAAGCAGUAUUACAUUAACAUAGUUGAAACAAAACCCUCCCCUGCAAUCAGUAUAAUUGAGACGGACUGUGAGGUUGAUUUCGCCCCUCCUCUUGAUUAUGUGGAACCUGUAAAACCUGCAGCACCUACUUUGUCUAAGAAGAGACCACAAGAAGCUGAAGAAGUACAACCUGAAAAGAUACCAAAAUUCAAUCCCUUCACUGGUUCAGCAAGACGAUUGGAUGGAAAACCAAUGACAGAAUCAGUUGCACCAGUUUCAGCUCCUAUAAAGCAGCACCAACAGGAGAGUGAAAAUGGAACCAAGGAUUCAAAGUCAUCGACUUGUGCUGCACGUAAAUCUGGAAAGCUUGUGUUUGGUUCAAAUGGUAACCAACCCACGAAAGAAACCCCGAAAGUUGCCGCAAAGAACAGCAAGCCAGAGCCAUCUAAGAAGGUAGAACAUACACCUCAGAAGGCAGAAGAGCCGAAGUUCCAAGCAUUCACCGGGAAGAAGUAUUCACUGAAAGGGUGAACUUAAGGGCGUAACUUCAUCGAAAACAAGGAAAGAAAAGAAGGCAUUUCUUCUAUCAAUUCUGUUUUGAGAGAUGAAACAUUCAAGUUGUUUUGGCAAUGGAAGGUCCAACCCCAGAAAGCGCCCUGCACUUGAAUGAUGUUUUUCUGUCAUAUGUAAAUAGGCACAUGAACCAAAGGUUGGUAUAAAGUGGCAACUUCCAUGUCAUACAGAUCAAAUGGAACUAUGUUCAUAUAUUUAUAAUUUAAAAUAUUUCUUGAA